AUGAUGGCGAGGAGGAAGCAGACGAAGGACCUCGACUCUUCUUCCUUCCAUGAUCAUCCUGGACAUGGCAGGAGGAGCAUUCUUGUACACUUGAUCCUUGCUAUCAGAACCAAACCCAACGUGUUUCUUGCUCUCGCCUUCGUCGUCGCGGCUUCUUUCUUCGGUGUCUACACGCUCAACACUCACGCGUCCACAAUUCGUUAUGCGGGUGCUCGUCGACAUCAACGGAGUGCGCAAGAGAUCUUCGGGUAUGCCUUGGUAGAUCCUGAUGAUUGCGGGACAGACACUGAGCGGGUGAUCAACGUUUUUCGAUGGGCGAAGAAGCAUGGAGCCUUCAUCCAUCCCAACAUCACCACUAAGAUGUUCCCCAUCCCAGGCAAGCCCUUGCUCUCAAGAUCCUUGACAUUUUCGCUGGAUCUUAGUGACAGCAAGAUUAAGCACCACCAUGUGCUAGGGCAAGUCUACAAUGACACUAUUCAACUUCACGAUGCCAUAGGCGCGCUUGCGGUGUUUCUAUUGCUUGAGUCUCAAAACAAGAGUUCCUUCUGGAGGCCAUACCUUUGCUCCCUCCCGAAGCACGUCCCGCUCCCCAUGUUCUACUCCAAGGAGAGGCGACAACAGCUGAAAGAACAGCUCCCGGAGGAUCAGAGGGUGAAGUUCGACGCGCUGGUGGAGGCAAGGAGGGAUGUGGUGGACUUGCACUACAUGCAGCUUCUCCCCGUCCUCUUCCUCAAGUACCCAACGCUCUUCUCCCCUGAGGUCUUCUCCUACGAGAAGUUCGCAUGGGCUAUCAGCAUUAUCAUGUCGAGGACCUGGGGCAAGACUUACUUCGACUCUGCUCUGGGCCCUAGAGGAAGAAACAUCACCGUCCACACUCUCGCGCCAGCUGCCGACAUGCCCAACCACGACUCUUCGGGUCUAGAAGCCAACAGGGACCCACGGGGAAGGAUGACUUUGAAUGCUCAGAAGAAUCUCAGUGUAGGCGAACAGUUCUUCAUAUCCUAUGGCAGCAAGUGCGAUGCCGAGUUCCUGGCUCACUACGGCUUCGUUCCGUUCAACAACAGCCACAAGAGAUGCAAGGGCCGCGUGUACAGCGAGGGAGAUCCGAACAUGGGGGGCCACGACUCCAACGUCACGGCAUGGCGGAAGAAAUGGAGGAAAUCUCUAUCCUUGUAUCACGCUCUUGUAAGGAAAGCUCGGCGAGAAGGCAAAGAUGCUUUGAAGAAUCUCCUCGAAUCAUCAAGGGUCAAGAGUUUGCAGACCGCAGCGCAGAAGAUUAGUGACUUCGUGGAGGUGAUUGUAGAUAAUGGAUAG